CGCCCCUCCGCAGCGCCCCGCGCCCCCACAGCGCGGCCGCUCCGCGCCUGGCGGCGGAGGGCGGGGAGGGUGCGUGUAACCAGGGACACGCACACACACACACACGCACACGCACGCACACGCAGGGCGGCCCUGCAGCGCCGCGCCGCUCGCCUUUGCGGCCAAGCCCCGGCAACAAAGACACCCCCCCCCCCCCCGGCUUUGCUGCGCGGCGCUGCCCGUCCCCUCCGCGGGAUGUAGCCUGGCCGGGAGCUGCCACCGAGGCACCGCGGCCCCCCCCGUCCCUCCAUGCCCCCGCAGUGAGGCCGGGAGCCGGCGCUGUGCGCUCUGCCGGGGCUGACGGCGCUGCCGGCCACCAUGGGGAAAUCCAACAGCAAGUUGAAGCCUGAAGUUGUGGAGGAGCUGACCAGGAAAACGUACUUUACGGAGAAGGAGGUGCAGCAGUGGUACAAGGGCUUUAUCAAGGACUGCCCCAGCGGGCAGCUCGAUGCCGCCGGCUUUCAGAAGAUCUAUAAGCAGUUCUUCCCCUUCGGUGACCCAACCAAAUUUGCCACCUUUGUUUUCAAUGUCUUCGACGAGAACAAAGACGGGAGGAUCGAGUUUUCGGAGUUCAUCCAGGCGCUGUCGGUCACCUCCCGGGGGACGCUGGACGAGAAGCUGAGGUGGGCGUUUAAGCUGUACGACUUGGACAACGAUGGGUACAUCACGAGGAACGAGAUGCUGGACAUUGUGGACGCGAUUUAUCAGAUGGUGGGAAACACGGUGGAGCUUCCCGAGGAGGAGAACACACCAGAGAAGAGGGUGGAUCGGAUUUUCGCCAUGAUGGACAAGAACGCAGACGGGAAGCUGACGCUGCAGGAGUUUCAGGAGGGCUCCAAGGCUGACCCCUCCAUCGUGCAGGCGCUCUCCCUCUACGACGGGCUCGUAUAGUCCCGGCGCCGAGCGGCGAUGCCUGGGGGAAGACGCUCUCCGUGCCAUCCGACCACCACCGCGCGAAGCUUGCCUGUCCCUCUCGGCCUUCCUUUCUGUUCUGCGAGCAAAGGAUGCCCUCGAAGCGCGAGCUCACUCCCCCUCUCUGCACUCUGAACCAGCCGCUGCCAUUUGCCAACUUCUGCUUUUUCCAAAAAAAAAAAAACCCCGCAAAAGACCCUGGUCUGAGCGGCAGCGAACGCCCGAGACUUCAGGGCCGGGGCAACGGGUUGAGCAUCACCGAAGGCAGAGCUCCCCCCCCCUGGCCUCCUUGCCCCCUUUGCUCCCCCUUUCCUACGUUUUCGGAUGGGACUGCGGAUGCGCCAGUGCCGGCGUGAUCCUCUCCCAGGAACCGGCCGGCUGGAGAUGGAGCCCAAAGGUACUGGGGGGCCGCGCACCCCGGGGUGCUGCCUGCGCGGGGCGGCCAGGGAGCCGAGGCAGCAACGGCGAUUGGGAACGGAGUCCUGGCGUCACCCGCAAUGCCGCUGGCAGCCUGGCCCGGCUCACUAGGGAUAUAUAUUAUUAUAUUAUUUUUAAUUUUUUUUUUGGUGAGACAGUAUUGUGCUUUUUUUUUUUUCCCCCCCUUCUUUUUUUCCUUCGGUGGAAAAAAGUGAGGCUUUUUUUUAUAUGCCUGUCUCGACGAUCGAUAUCUUUAUUUAUUUGUUGUAAAUGUUGCUGCCGUGUUUAGUCUCUUGUGUGUGUGUCCGACCACCUAGGUUAUGAUAUGUAAGGUUUACAUCCUCGUACACUAUUGCGGGGCACUGGGAGCCUGCAAUAACAAUGAAGCCAAAAAUCUGCCUUCCCCCCUCUCCUCCCACCCCCCGUAUCCCAAGCUCCAUGGGCUGGCUGCUGUUUUAAGGGGAUGCUGUAGCUUCGUUUCCUCUUCCCAUUUACCCGUUUCCUGCAUUUUUCUGUUCACCCUUCCCUUUGCAGCUCAGCUAGGGCUCGCUCAGCCCAGGCUCCGAGCAGUCCGAGCCCGCUCCAUCCCUCAGCCGGGCAGGGCGAGGAAACCGCCAGGCACCAGAACGUCCUCAUUUCCAUUCUUUUUUUUUUUUUUUAAUUUUCUCACUGCAUGAAAAAGUAUUAAUGGAGCCAAGAGUUGGGUUUUGCUUUCAAGCGGAUUCCUUUACUAUUUUGUUUUUUCCAAAUGGUGGGAAGGUCUGUUUGCACCCCCGGGAGGGGUGGCUGUGAAUUAGCCCGUGUGCCAGCGGGGCUGGGGAAGCAGAGGGGAUGCCCGUGGGGACAGCGCUCUCUGUCCCCCCCCAUCCUGGCUGGGAUGAUGCGGCAGCUCCUGCCUCGGGGGCGCCGGGCUGGGGGACGUGCAGCUCGGGAUGCCUCCUUAUCCCCUUGCUCCUCGUUUAGGAUGUGGGAGGUUUUGCUGUACACCAAGGGCACGGCCCCGAAGCGGAGCCGCUUGUGCCCGCUCCUCCUCGUGCUCCUGCCUCCGGGGGGGCAGAGGGCUGGGGAAACGCACCUGGAGACACCUGAGCAUGGGGCUUGGAAACGGCUCCCCGGCCACGAGCGGUGUCUGUGUGGCCUCUCCAUCACCCACCACCACGCCGGGAUGUGCCCAAGCAGGGCUCGGCCCCACCGGGACACACACCAUGGGACACUGGUUGGCAUCUCCGCUGGAGGACGAGCGUUACGUGGAUGCUGCUGCAGCUCCGUUUCCGUCCGCCUUGAUCCCUGCCCUGGGGAAGGAGAGAUUUGCAUCUCCUCGGGAGCAGAGCGCAAGGUGCCCGUGGGACCCCUGAUGCCAGCCGGGUUGCAAAGCCCUCCUGCUCCGGCGUGGUUUGUUCCUGGCCCAGUAACACCGACGCUGCUCUCCCACCGCCCCGGGGGGCUCACCCCUCCACCCCCGCUGCGGCUGACGUGGCAUCACCUUUCCGCCCUUCUCCGCCGGGAUGCCUGCGGCUCCUGUGGCCAAGCCCAGCCAGUUCCCACAGCCCUCGGCCAUGGGGACUGUCCCCAGGGCAGCGGGAGGUGACGUCUGGAUGUGGAGGAUGUUCUCACAGGUGUCCCACGAUGUAGGAGACAAGGUGGUGCCCAGCGGGGUCUGCAGCCUCCCCGCAGGGCAGGGACAGGCUCUCUGGCCAAGCGGUGCUGGUGUGUUGCCGUGCAGCCUGGCUCACCCGGUUUCGGGGCCGUGUGCUGGUGGCACUUUCUGAUACCUACAAAAAACCACCCUUCCCCAUCCCCAAGGAGACCGACCUCACGUCCGCGUGCAAUAUUUCUGCCUCUUCUGCAGUUCCUGCCCCUGAGGGUGCCCACGUUUUGUUGUGGGGGACUCCUGGAGGGUGUAGCCUCCCUCCCUCCUGUGGAAACUCCUUUUCCUUGAUGCUUUGUGGCCAAAACGCAAUUUUCUUGGGUAGAUCUUUGCAGUGCCUCCAACUUCUCUAACGCUUGUCUACCAGACUGGUCCCUUCCCAGUGCCAAUCAAUGUUCCCAAUGAAUGUGAUGCUGCUGUAAUCGCCUCUGCUGAUAAAUGAUGGACCCCACGACGUUUGACAUAAUUCCCAGGCAAAGGCAAACCUCAUUUGCUCUGACACUUUCCCCUGAAAGGCUUUGAAUUCUUGGAGGACUUGCUGUGCUUCAAGCUCCAUCACUGCUCUUCGACGUCUCACCGGGGAGGCAGCUGUGCAAAGGCAGAGGGGUGUGUAGCCCCCAUCACGGGACCGGCAUCAGCUUGGGAGAGCUUCAGACCCCAGAAAUACCAAAAUUCAUUGUCCACCAGGCCAGUGCUGCCAUUGCUGCCAGCAACCUCCUGCUGCCGCUGCUGCUGGCGGGCUCAGGGAUGGAGCCCAAUGUCUCAUCCUCCCUUGCCCCUUGUUAAAUAUUUGCACGUUAGAAAAAAAUUUAAAAAGAACAAAAAGGAAAAAAGGUUUUUGCUUGUAUUGAGAAGCUCUGUGCUGACUGACGAGGACCCUGCUGGUGUGGUGGCAAUGGUGGGUUUUCCCGGGCAGAGCCCCCUCCUGCAGGGUCGGGGCUGGCUCUCGUCCUGGGUCCCAGCGUGGGGUCUGUCCUGCCCCGCUCUUGGCAUGCUGAGUGUCCCCGAGCAAAUCAUUUUGGCCCCAGUAUUCCCCCCCAUCUGUGGAUUUGGGACCCUGGCUUGGAUGCUUCUAGGGCCCUGAAGGCCCCCAACUCCUGAACGUCACCAGGAUCUGCAGCUUCUCAGUACCGCUGAAAAUAAGGCUUGAAGCAUCUCACGCUUGGAAAUGUUGGCCUUAACCUCCUCGUGCCUCAGUUUCCCCAUCAGUGAAAUGGCCUGGGUGAGCCAUCCCCCCUCCAGAGAGCGAAUCGAUGCCUGUGCCCAGGGUGCUGGAUACGGCUCGCGGCUGCGACCACACGGAUUUGGCAGGACCCACCGAACAUCGGGCACGUGCGGAGUGCUGGGAGCAGGGCAUGAACCGCUGGGUCAGAGUUUACAUCACCGAGUAAUUAAUUUUGGCCUUCUUUUUACACCUGGUUGUUACUAAAAUCGAACAGCUGACAAGACCUGAUUUCUUUCAGUUUAUACCCGGUUCCUGAUGCCUGUCUGAAAUAAAGCCAGCUGCAGCCCUGGCCAUGGCAAGGGGACCCGAAGCGCAGCCAGGCAGAGGCGAGGGUCCGGCCCCGGCGACUGCGGCGUGUCGUGUCCCCCCCCCUCAUUUGUCCUUGUCGGUGUUGCCCCAUUAAAAUGCCGUGUCUGUAUUUUCCUUUCUUUUCAUUUUUCUGUUCGUGCGCUGGCUGUUGCUGCUUUGUAACCGUCUCCCCUUGAGCUCUGGGGCUGGGCUGGGCUGAGCUGUUUCCCCCCCUGAGAGGAAGGACGUGGGAGAAGGUUCUGGGGGCAGAUUCCCCCCCACCCUCUCAUCGUGGCACAAAUGAGGACCCGAGAGAGAAGCGAAGCGGGUUUUUCCUCUGGAGCAGCCCUUUCAUUGCUGUGAUUUGUAAUGAGAUGUGGCAGACCCCGGGAGCGUUCCCCACCGUGUUCGUGGAGGGGGGUGUUUGCUUGUGGGGGACCCCAGACCCCGUUUGUGCCGGGUACCAGCUGCAUCUCGCCCGACCUGCAGAAGCGGGUGCCUGUCGGUGCCUCCCAUGCCGUCAGGACCCCGCAUCCCGGUUGGAUGGGGGAGGCUGAGGCUGUGGGACCCCCAUCCCAGAGCCACUGCUCCCCCUGAGCGCGCAGGGGUGCAAGUGAGCGUCUGCCACGGGCUGCCGUGGGGCUGCGCUAACCCGGGGGGUGGAAGGGUCUCGGGGUCUGGGCCCGAGCCCCCCUUGGAGCAGGGCUGGUUUCGAUGCAGGGCCAGGCGUGGCAUGGGGGCAGCCGAAAUCACUGGCAGAGCUGCCCUCUCCUGUAUAUUUAGGGCCAGGGGGGUUGGAUGGCGUGGGUGGGUGACCUGCAGCCAGCUCGCUGUUUCAUCAUCCCCAGCCCCAGGGUAAAGGUGGAGAUCUGGGGUGUUUUGAGAGGGGUUCUUCACAGGGGCACCGGAGGGGUCUGGCUGGGGCGGUGGCCGGUGGGGCAGGAGCGAGGGCUGGGGGCAAAGGAGGGAACCGAUGCCCCGGUCUCAGUGCACAGCUUGGGGGUCUCCUUGCAGAGCAAUUUUGGGGUCUCGGUCACAUCUGCCAACCCCAACCCUGUUCCAGCGGCGCUGCAGGAAAGCCAUCCUUCCCUUCUCUCUCUGCUCCUGCGGCCGCCAGCCCUGGGUCUGGGUGCUGCGUCCUGUGGGACCCCUACCUGGGGGGCAGCCGAGCCCCGGGCUGAGAAACAGCAGCUCCAGCAAAGAGCCUUGUUUGUAAAGAUGAAGCCUGUUUGUGCGUCCGUGCCGGUGUCUCGGCUUGCAUGCCCUGCUGCCUUGUCUUGAGAUGAAUUCAAGAGCAAACGAAGCAAACAAAACAGUUUAAAAACAAAAGAAAACAAAACAGAACCCAGGAACUUUGUGACAGUGGAAAUAAAAGCUUAAUGACAGUAAAGAA